AUGACGCUAGUAUCGCCCCAGCCUCUUAGCCUGAAAAUCGGGCCGAACGCACAGGAAAUAAAGAUGGAAUGCGAGGAUGGUUUCGCCGGCGCGACAAGUAUUUCUGAGGCGCAAUUUUUUCAGCGCGAGCAGCGGCCUCUCUCUUCAACCCCGCAGUGGUCCUCGGUGCAUCCUGUAGCGGCGACGAAAACUGACACUGAAGACCGCGGCUCCGUUUUUGGUCUUUCCACUCCGGAAGCGAGCAAACAUGAUGUGGAUUUUCAUCCCACUUUGGAAGGCACCAAAAGGACCGGGACAAUAAAAAGCGUGGGCAGCUGCGCAGCACCAAACCCCAGCAGUGAAGAACGAAGCGCCUUCGUCCAGGAUUUUUUGGCCUACGACUUGCGCAAGGAGUACCAGUCGCUCUUUUUUACGAAUUUGGCGGAAGAGGACGACCCGGGUGGUCAACAAGGAAAUCCAGCGGGCGUGAAAGAGGAGAAGCAGGAGCAACUUAGGCUGCACAGUCCUCGUCGACAGCAGGAGAACCGCUCGUCAGCAGCUUCUAAAAAUAAACCGGAGGAGCUCCAAAGCGCGCCUUUCUCCAAUGCGUUGCCGCGAACCACGAUGGGGGCGAAUCAUAGAGCCCGACGAGGAGCUUGCCGGUUUGGUGUCAUUGGUAGCGGUAUGCUGACCGGAAAGGGUAAAGUAGCUCGUGAAGAGAGAGGGUCUGUUCCUUCUUUCAGACCGGGAACCGGGUUCUCGAGGAACAACGAGCCAUAGGUUGAGAUGUGGAAGAUAUGUAGACAUCCAAAGCAAGUUGUUUUAAGCGUGCGAACAAAAACAAAAUGGCAGUCAGGUGGUGCUCAACGGUUUUUUUGAGCUAGAGAAUAUAGUCAGAACGUCGCGAUUAAUGGACUCGAUGGCGGUGCUCGAUGCAGUAAUAGGAAAUAGACCAUGCUCCCAAGUCUGACAAUGAGUUGUGUGCAGAUGAAUGCAGUAAUUCCGGUACUAGAUGUGGGCUGCAGGUUUCACGACUCAUGGCAAAAUUUUCUAGGGUCGCUAAAAGCUUUCAGACGUUGGUCGCAUUGACGCAAGGUCAAGCAAGGAUUGACCAAAACAAACGCACUUCGCACGUUGGCU